AUGGCUCUCACGCUUCAGGACAGAGCUGCUCUCGUGACUGGCGGUGGUUCGGGAAUCUGCCUCGAGCUCACCCGCAAGCUCCUGAAAGCAGGCUGCAACGUGACCAUCGCCGACCUUGCUCUUCGUCCGGAAGCGAAAGAUGUGGUCGCGGAGUGGAAAGAAGGACGAGUCAUCUUUGUCGAGACGGAUGUCGGCGAGUGGAAGCAGUUGCAAGCCGCUUUUAAUAAGACGAUGGAGGUGUUCGGCCGCUUGGAUAUCGUUGUGCCUGGAGCUGGCUUGUUCGAGCCUAAAUGGUCCAGCUUCUGGGAGUUCAAUACUGGCAAGGAUACGAUCGAUUCAUCGUCAUUCAAGGUUUUUGACAUAAACAUCAACCACCCAAUCCGAGCCACGCAACUGGCAAUCGACUAUUUCAUGCGUCAAGGACUCGGGUCCGGAUCCGUGUGCUUGAUCUCAUCAAUUGCGGCGCAGAUGACUCUGUUGCCGGUGCCAUUAUACUGCGCUUCGAAGCACGCCAUCUCUGCCUUCACUCGCUCCAUGGCGCUGCUCGAACCCGCAAAGAACAUUCGCAUCACAGCUGUGGCUCCAGGAAUCGUCAAGACUCCUCUUUGGCCCUCGAAAAGACUGGACUGGGUGGAUGACAGUCAAGACGCCUGGGUCACCACGAGCCAGGUAGCGGAUGUGAUGAUCGAUCUCAUCACCAAGCCUGAAUAUGUGGGUGGCACAGUGCUGGAAGUGGGCGCGUAUGCCGUGAGGUCGGUCGAAGCGUUGAACGAUGCCGGCCCGCAGGGAGUGGGAUUCACGAUUGCUAAAAUUGCGGACGGGUUUAACGAUGUAUUUCCGAUGUUGGAGAAGAACUUCGGGAAGUAA